AUGGCAAAACCGUUUGGAAGACCGAAUCAACCCGUCACCCAGCGUGUUCAUGAAGGAUCACCACAGAAUGACGAAGGGGACAAGAAACCUGAUAUCCCAUCGAGCAACAAGAAUUCGCAACGUGUAACUGUAGCAGCAGUCAUUCCACAGCUACUACCAAAAGUGAUACUCAAGUAUUUUCUCGGUGUGACUGUGGGGCUUUAUAUUCUCAAUCAAAAGCGUCUCCUUCCACGACCUCUAUCGGCGAUUGUGUCACGAUCAUUGUUCUGGCCUACGUUGCCUAUUACAGUGUCGCGAAGAGUUGGAAAAUGGAUCACUCAGGUAGAUGACACAGUCCUAAUUGGCGGGGCCCCUUUCGGUUUUGCAAAAAUCCCGGAAACGCUCUACAAUGAGCACAAUGUACGAGGUGUCAUCAACAUGUGCGAAGAGUACAGCGGUCCACUCCGAAAGUACAAGGAGCUAGGAAUUGAAGAAUUACAUCUACCAACUACGGAUCACUUUGAACCAGAAUUGGAUGACCUGAUGAGUGCCAUUGCCUUCAUUCGUCGACAUGAGGCGCAAGGAAAACGUGUCUACGUGCAUUGUCGUGCUGGACAUGGGCGUAGUGCGGCAGCGGUUUUUGGUUGGCUCAUCUACAAGGAUCCUAUUGUCGAUCUGCAAGCCUUGAAUUCGGACUUUCGAAAGGUGCGAAAUGUUCGUUCGACGCUUUGGAAGCAGCCAAGUAUUCAGCAGCUACACAAGCGGUUGAAAGAGACAGGGUCCCUAUUGACAGUGGGUGAUAUCGCAUCUUCCGAGGUAUCUCCACCGAAGCUGAUUGAUGGCAGUGACUCCGACGAGGAUUUGUAA